GUAAACUGAACAACAACUGUCCAUAUUCCUUUUCCACCGCUGCAAGCCUGCAACUGCUGCCAGACCUCCACGCCGUCCAGGGUUUUGCAAUCUUCUUCACAGAGACCCACUACUUUUCUUUUUCCUUCUUCUGUCUUCAUCGCCUCUUCUUUUUUAUUGCUACCGGUGGAAUUUGGAAAAAUAAGGAUAUGGCUUCGAUGGAUGAAACAAAUAUUUUUGAUCUUCUAUCUGAUACACACAAUAGUAUAUCAGUGGAUUCCCUUUCAAGCCAACCUGUGGAUGAUAACAGAAAUGAAGACGAAAGGAAUUCAAAUCAAGCAAAUGAAGGUGCCAAUAGGAAAAAAAGGAAAAAAACUUCAAUUGUGUGGAAUGACUUUGAUGAAAUUCAAGUUGCUGAAGGUGUUAAGAAAGCUAUUUGCAAAUACUGUAAAAAUGCAUUUGCUACUGGGGGAAGAGGUGCGAGCACAAGCCAUCUAAAGAGACAUUCAGAAGGGUGUUUGCAGAGGACAGUACAAAUGGCUUCACAAAAGAAACAAUGUGUCAUUCCUUUUAAGCCAUCCAAUUCAAGUAAUCCGUUUAUAAGUCCGGGGUUUAGAUUUUCUAAUGAAAAGAUGAGGGAAGUCAUUGCCACUUCUAUUAUGGUACAUGAGUAUCCUUUUAGCAUUGUAGAAGACGAUGCUUUUAUAUGGUCAUUUCAGUAUGCGAACCCUGAAUUUCAGAAAGUUUCUCGUAAGACGAUACGAAGUGAUUGCAUAGCAAUAUAUGAAGCAGAAAGAAAAGCAUUGAAGGAAUUAUUAAAGAGUGUGAGCAAGAUUAGCUUGACAACAGAUAUGUGGAAAUCCAGUCAUCAAGUGAUUGAAUAUAUGGUAAUCACUGGUCAUUUUAUAGAUUCUGGGUGGAAGCUUCAGAAAAGGAUUUUAAGCUUUGUCAAGGUGCCUGCUCCAAGGCGAGGAAUUGAUGUAGCCAAUGCCAUUUUCAAAUGUUUGAAGGCUUGGGGGAUCGAAGAUAAAGUGUUCUCAAUAUCAGUUGACAAUGCUUCAUAUAAUGACUCGUGCUUGAGGUAUCUAAAAGACUACAUAUCACGCAGCACCAAGCUUGUCCUCGAUGGAGCUCUAUUUCAUGUUAGAUGUUGUGCACACAUAUUGAAUCUUUUGGUGCAAGAUGGGCUUAGUCGAAUCAAAGAUAUCAUCCAUAAUGUUCGUGAAAGUGUGAAGUAUGUAAACUUCAAUGAUUCAAGAUUGAAGAGUUUUGGUGAAGUAGUUGAACAAAAGCAUCUAAAAGAAAGGAAGUUGAUAAUUGAUUGUCCAACAAGGUGGAAUUCUACAUAUCACAUGUUAGCCGCUGCUUUAAAAUUCAAGAUUGUCUUCUCAGAAUACCAAGAAAGAGAACCUCAUUAUACAUUUGCACCUUCAAAUGAAGAUUGGGAGAAAGUCGAGAAAGUUUGUAAACUUUUAGAGGUUUUCAACUUAGCUACCAAUUUAAUAUCUGGAAGUGAAUAUCCUACUGCCAACUUGUAUCUUUCAGAGGUCUGGAAAGUGAAGCAAGUAAUUGAUGAUGCGACAAAGGAUGAUGAUCUUUUUAUGAUACAAAUGGCAACGCAAAUGAAAGAAAAGUUUGAUAAAUAUUGGGGUGAGUGCAAUCUAUUGAUGGCUGUUGCAAAUGUAUUGGAUCCGAGAGUUAAAUUUCAUGGUGUUGAAAUAUGUUUUCCAAUGAUAUACAAGUCUGAAGAAGUUGCUGCCGAGUAUGUGAACAAAGUGCGUGCUUCACUGCAACAACUAUAUAAUGAUUAUGUGGCCUUAAGUGUUGAAGAAUCAUCCUCAAGUCAGUGCAAUAUGGCUAACAUCUCCUCUGCCACCACCCAAUCUGAAUCUGCGAUAGUUAUUGGGUUUGAUCAAAUUAUGAGUCUUGUAAGAGCAAAAGAAGCAAUUCCUGUAUCAAAAUCUGAAUUGGAUGCCUAUCUCGAGGACAGUGUUUAUAUUCCUGAUGGAAAUAUGUCUUCAUUUUGUGCCUUGGAGUGGUGGAGGAACAACAACAUGAAAUAUAAAGUUUUAUCGAAGAUGGCUGCUGAUGUACUUGCGAUUCCAAUAUCAACGGUAGCUUCAGAGUCUACAUUUAGUGCUGGAGGUAGAAUUAUAGAUGAAUAUCGUUCAAGAUUGAAUGAAGAAUCUAUUGAGACACUAAUUUGUGGAGGAGAUUGGCUUCGACAUAAAUACAACUUGAAAAAAAAAGAAGGUGAAUGAGUCUUUGAAGGAGAUAAGCUUAUAGAUUAAAGAAGUUCUUUAAUACUUUGGUUGCGGAGUGGAAAUGCUAAUGUCCAGAAGAUAUUAUUGAUCUAUUUGCUAUUUUUCUCUUGAAACUUUUAUUGUAUUGAUUUAAUGGUUUCAGAAACUUUGGGGGAAUUUGCAAUUCUUGUGGCUUGUGGCCUGUGGGUGACGUGAACUUGAAAAACUAUGUUAUUAAUUUCUAAAUAUUUUUGUCGAAUUUUUUAAUAUUGCUUCUGAGUUAGCGUUGCUUAUUUCUUUGUUAGAACAAUCAGCUUAAUGACAAUAGAUUGAUGUAAACUGUUUUUUUUUUUUUUAAUGU